AUGUCUUCUGCUUUCCGUCGUAUCGUUCUCGCAUUGGCUUUGACCGUUAGCAUUCAAGCUCAUGGCCCACCUGGUAUUCAAACCAAACCCGAAGGCGACAGUCUGCUGGAGCAGCUUAGCCCUAAACUUCAAGGUAAGAGGUUGUAAGUUGGUGAUCUCGCUAAGUCAUUUCGGAAAGAUUAAAUUGCCUUAGGCCUUCUUCCCGACCCUCUGAAGUCCCUCCUCGCCCAGAUUCCCCUUCCUGAACUUUCUGGCCUCAAGGAGAUCGCUCCUCAACUUCCUCAGCUCACCGAGUUCUCCAAGCUGGAAGAGCUUCUCCAAUCUAAAUCCCCAACGAUCCUGUCGUUGGCGAAGCAGUUGUUCCAGCAAGCCAAGGACGCAUUGGAAGCCAAGAAAGCCCAAUUAUCUCCAGACUCCCUUCAAUUCUUCGCUGAUGUAAGCUUGCUUUGUUUGACGUAGAAUGCCGUCCCACAGCGCUUACAUGCAACCAAAUUAACCCUACUUUUAGCUUCUUGGCAUCAACAAGGAGUCUCUGAAAAAGUACAUCCAACUUAUUCUUGGGCUGAAGCCUGAAGUCAAGGAAAAUUUGAAGAUCACUUUCCCUGAAAUCGCCGAGCUUCUGAAGAGCCCAGCGGCUGACAAGAGCAUUCCUUUGAUUAUCAAUGCAACUUCUGCUUGA